AUGCAAUAUCUCGCUUAUUGGCCUCAAUUUACAGAGAAAGAAUCGCCAUGCAAUCCUUUCUAUGUACGGUGGCCUCGAGUACGAUUGAACUUCAAGCCAGUCGCUAACGCUCGGUUGUCACUUCGUGCUUGUGAAAGCGCAUGCUCCCUUGGUGAAGAUCCACAAACGCCAGGCCGUCUACUGGAAUGUGCUGCUUUGAACCAUCACCCAUCGCCCGACGGCUACGCUCAUCAUUGUGAUGUUUUUCAACCACAUCAGCUUCAAAACGUUGACGGUUACGUAGAGGCUGACGAUCGUUACUCAUUUUAUUGGAAGUACUGCCUAAAUACAACGCGUAAAUGUGGAGGAGAGUACGCUUUUACGUACCACUCUGACCGCUACAUGGACGCACGAGAUGUCACUCGAGUGAUUAAAAAAGGCAGUCUGGAGGAGUGUCUCGUUGAGUGCCUUGAUGAGAAAUCUGUUCCGUGUCGUUCGAUUUCAUUCAAUCGAACAGAUGGUGGAUGCCACAUAUCAGCGGACAGUCAGCUCACUAAACCACAAGCUAUCCACCUUAACAACAACCCGAAUUUCCGAAUUGAUUACUACGAAAACAACUGCUACAACUUGUCCGACACAUUCAAAUUUGAGGAACAGUGCCGAGAAGACGGGAUUCUUGUCAAG